CUGAACAGUGAUGCUUGCCUUGGAUUUACAGAUUUUCAUCCUGAUACCUUGUUUACUUCUUUGGGGGAGAAAAGUUUACUCUAGUUGCUCUCCAUGGUGGCCAAUCUUUUCAAGAGCUUGAUUUUACCUUACAUACAUAAGCUUUGCAAAGGAAUGUUUACAAAGAAAUCGGGAAAUAUAACCAAAAAAAAAGAGAAUUGUCAGCAGAAGAAGGAUCAAGACUUUCCUACUGCUGGCCAGACCAAACCCCCCAAAUUUUCUAAUACCUUGAAAAGCACUGUAAGGAAAAUUGCAAAGUGUUCAUCUGCUCGCAACUUAUCCACUGAAGAAGACAAGGCUAAUAAAGAGUUUUCUCUCUCACCAACAUUCAGUUACCGAGUAGCUAUUGCCAAUGGACUACAAAAGAAUAUUAAUGUAACCAACAGUGAUAAUGAGGAUCUGCUUCAAGAGCUAUCUUCAGUUGAGAGUUCCUACUCAGGAUCAUUAAAUGAACUAAGGAGUAGUACAGAAAAUCAGGUACCGUCAACACACACGAUGCCAGUUAGACGCAAUAGGAAGAGUUCGAGCAGCCUCGCACCCUCCGAGGGCAGCUCUGAUGGGGAACGCACUCUACACAGCUUAAAACUAGGAGCUUUACGAAAACUGAGGAAAUGGAAAAAGAGUCAAGAGUGUGUCUCCUCAGAUUCAGAGUUGAGCACCAUGAAGAAAACCUGGGGAAUAAGAAGCAAGUCUUUGGACAGAACUGCCCGAAACCCAAAGGCAAAUGCCCUGGAACCAGGAUUCAGUUCUUCUGGCUGCAUUAGCCAAACACAUGAUGUCAUGGAAAUGAUCUUUAAGGAACUUCAGGGAAUAAGUCAGAUUGAAACUGAACUUUCUGAACUUCGAGGGCACGUCAAUGCUCUCAAGCACUCCAUCGAUGAGAUCUCCAGCAGUGUGGAGGUUGUACAAAGUGAAAUUGAACAGCUGCGUACAGGGUUUGUCCAAUCUCGAAGAGAAACCAGAGACAUCCAUGAUUAUAUUAAGCACUUAGGUCACAUGGGUAGCAAGGCAAGCCUGAGGUUUUUAAAUGUGCCUGAAGAAAGGUUUGAAUAUGUUGAAAGUGUGGUGUACCAAAUUCUAAUAGAUAAAAUGAGUUUUUCAGAUGCACCAAAUGCUAUUAAAAUUGAAUUUGCUCAGAGGAUAGGACACCAAAGGGACUGCCCAAAUGCAAAGCCUCGACCCAUACUUGUGUACUUUGAAACCCCUCAGCAAAGGGACUCUGUCUUAAAAAAAUCAUAUAAACUCAAAGGAACAGGCAUCGGAAUUUCAACAGAUAUUCUUACUCAUGACAUCAGAGAAAGAAAAGAGAAAGGAAUACCAUCCUCCCAGACAUAUGAGAGCAUGGAUAUAAAGUUGUCUACUCCAGAGCCCAAAGUCAAGAAGAACAGUUGGCAGUCACCUGAUGACAGUGAUGGAGACCUGGAAUCUGACUUCAAUAGAAACAGUUAUGCUGUGCUUUCCAAGUCAGAGUUUCCAACAAAGGGAAGUACUUCCAAGCCAAGCUCAAAAUCACACAGUGCUAGAUCCAAGAAUAAAAUGGCUAAUAGCAGCAGAAUUUCAAAUAAAUCAGAUUAUAGUAAAAUUUCCUCACAAUUGCCAGAAUCAGAUAACUUGGAAAAGCAAACCACAACCCAUUACGCAGAUGCAACACCUCUCUGGCAUUCACAGAGUGAUUUUUUCACUGCUAAACUUAGUCGUUCUGAAUCAGAUUUUUCCAGAUUAUGUCAGUCUUACUCAGAGGAUUUUUCAGAAAAUCAGUUUUUCAUUAGAACUAAUGGAAGCUCACUCCUGUCAUCUUCAGACCGGGAACUUUGGCAGAGGAAACAGGAGGGCCCAUCUACCUUGUAUGACAGUCCUCGGGACCAGCAUUUGAAUGGGAGUAUUCAGGGUGUCCAAGGGCGGAGUGAAAUUGAGAACACAGAAACUGUGGAUAGUGGAAUGAGUAAUGGCAUGGUAUGUGCUUCUGGAGACCGAAGCCAUUACAGUGAUUCUCAGCUCUCUUUACACGAAGAUCUUUCUUCAUGGAAGGAUUGGAAUCAAAUAGAGCAAGGAGCUGAUUUAGGCUUAGAUUCAUCCAUCCAGGAAGGUUUUGAUUAUGACACAAACAGUCUAUCUGACAAACAGCUGGAUGUUUACAAUAAAGACCUAGAAGACUUAGGAAAGUGCCUCAGUGACCUUCAAGAUGAUUCAGAAAGCUAUGAUUUAACCCAAGAUGACAACUCAUCUCCGUGCCCUGGAUUGGAUAAUGAACCACAAGGCCAGUGGGUUGGGCAAUAUGAUUCUUCUCAAGAAGCUAAUUCUAAUGAGCUGUACCAAAAUCAAAACCAGUUGUCCAUGAAGUAUCGAAGUCAAAAUGAAUUGCAAAGUGAUGAUUCAGAGGAUGCCCCACCCAAAUCAUGGCAUAGUCGAUUAAGCAUUGACCUUUCUGAUAAGACUUUCAGCUUCCCAAAAUUUGGGUCUACACUGCAGAGGGCUAAAUCAGCCUUGGAAGUAGUAUGGACCAAAAGCACGCAGAGUCUCAGUGGGUACGAGGACAGUGGCUCUUCCUUAAUGGGGAGAUUUCGAACAUUAUCCCAAUCCACUGCGAAUGAAUCAAGUACCACGCUUGACUCUGAUGUAUACACAGAGCCUUAUUACUACAAAGCAGAGGAUGAGGGGGACUAUAGUGAACCAGUGGCUGAAAACGAAACAGAUUAUGUUGAAGUGAUGGAACAAGUCCUUGCUAAGCUAGAAAAUAGGACUAGUAUUACUGAAAUAGAUGAACAAAUGCAGGAAUAUGAUCACCCUUCAUAUGAAACACCUUAUGAAACCCCACAAGAUGAGGGUUAUGAUGGUCAGGCAGAUGAUAUGGUUAGUGAAGGGGGAUUAGAACCACUAAAUGAAACAUCAGCCAAUAUGGAAAUAAGAGAAGAUGAAAACCAAAACAUCCCUGAACAACCACUGGAAAUCACAAAGCCAAAGAGAAUACGUCCCUCCUUCAAAGAAGCAGCCUUAAGGGCCUAUAAGAAGCAAAUGGCAGAGUUGGAAGAGAAGAUCUUGGCUGGAGGUACUCAUGUUUAA